UCUAAGCUCCUUUUUCAUAAUUAGAGCUAAAGAAAGAAAUCAGAGCUCGUCGCUAAGACUAGCGCUUGGAUUCAUACUCGUUUUCGACAUCCAGAGUUUUAAAUCUGUGUAUAAGACCACGCGACUAUCCUGAUGAUGGGUAGAAUAUGGGACCAAAUUUGGUGAUUUUUCUCUUCAGAGCGUUGCUGCUCUUUACUAUAUGUGUGCAUGCAGCAGUUUCAGACGAGCUGACUGGGCCUCAUGUGUGCACCAGACUUGAAAAAGUCAACUAUACAGCAUGGAUUACUUAUGCUCGUCCCUAUCAAAUUAGAACAACGACUUGGUGUUUCAGCGUCCCUCCCAGAUGCUCUACGUACAGGACAAUGUAUGGUGUGUCGCAUAAAACAGAAGUUCGGGAGAAGACACAAACCAUACAAUAUUGCUGCAAAGGAUACGAAGAAAAAAAUAGUACUUGUGUCCGGGCUAUCUUUUGUGAAAAUAAUGGAACACUGACAGAAAGCGGCACUUGCGUAUGCCCUGCAGGUUACAUAGGUGAAUUCUGCGAAAAUAAAUGUCCUCCAGGUUAUUUUGGUUUGAACUGUACUCAAAAGUGUUACUGCGAAAAUGGAGCUUGCAAUGGCGUUACAGGAUCCUGUGAAUGCUUUGCAGGUUUUACUGGUCAAAAGUGUGACACGGAAUGUCCAAGAGAUAAAUUUGGUGUAGAUUGUCAGUAUCAAUGCAACUGUAGCAGUCGAGCCAAAUGCAAUCCAGAAGAUGGCUCCUGUUUCUGUUCUCCUGGAUUCAUGGGUGACAAAUGCGACGAAGAAUGCCCUCAUGGGAGAUACGGAAUGCGUUGCUCCAACCCGUGCAUAUGCCAAAACGGAGCUACGUGCCAGCCGGUUACUGGUGCCUGCACGUGCCCUCCUGGCUACACGGGUGAAUUUUGUGAACAACUUUGUCCACCCGACUUCCACGGCGCUAAUUGCAGCAACAAAUGUGAAUGUGAAAAAAUAGCCAACUGCAAUCCUUUCACUGGAGACUGCGAAUGCCCUCCUGGUUAUACAGGACUCUAUUGCGAAUUUCAGUGUCCAAAGAUGACUUAUGGAAUAGAUUGUCAACAGAAAUGCAACUGCAAAAAUGAUGCCUCAUGUGAUCCAGUAAAUGGGACAUGCACCUGUGGACCCGGUUACUUUGGAGAGUUAUGUGAUCAAAUUUGUCCUCCCGGAACAUAUGGAGAGAACUGCUCAAAUCUGUGUUCUUGCGUGAAUAAUGCUGAUUGUGUUCAUACGAAUGGAAAAUGCAUUUGUGCUCCAGGAUAUUCUGGUCAUCACUGUGAAGAAACCUGCCCUUUCGAUACUUAUGGAUUCAACUGCACCCAUCAAUGUGAUUGCAAAAAUGGUGCGAACUGCAAUCCUUUCACCGGUGAAUGCGAAUGCCCUCCGGGAUAUAUUGGAUACUUGUGUGAGGAAAAAUGUCCAAAUUCUUCUCAUGGUCCAAAUUGCCAAUACAAAUGUAACUGCAGUAAUGAUGCUGAAUGCGACCCCGCCAACGGAACUUGCAUUUGUAAACCUGGGUUUUCUGGAGAGCAGUGUAAUGAAUUAUGUAGCCCAGGAUUCUACGGACCAAACUGCGCUUCCAAAUGCCAGUGUUCAAAUGGUGCAGAUUGUAUAUCAACAACAGGAGAAUGUGUGUGCCAACCAGGUUAUACAGGAAAGCAAUGUGAGAACGAAUGCCCUAAUGGAACUUAUGGCCCAGAUUGCACUAAUAUUUGUGAAUGUAGAAAUUUUGCAAAAUGUGAUCCAAUCACUGGGGGUUGUGAAUGUCUUCCAGGCUAUUCCGGUCCCCACUGUGAUCGGCGAUGUCCCAAUCUCACCUAUGGGUUAAACUGUAGAUAUAGCUGUAAUUGCACAAACGGAGCUUCUUGUGACCCUGUGAAUGGAACAUGUUUAUGCCUUCCCGGUCAUACUGGUAAACAUUGUGAAGCAACUUGUCCACCAGGUUGGUAUGGUAGAGAGUGCGCUUAUAAAUGCCAAUGUCUCAAUGGGGGCGGAUGUCUUCAUACUACUGGAGCAUGUGUCUGUCCUCCAGGUUUCUUUGGUGAAUAUUGUGAAGAACGAUGUCCACAAGGAUAUUAUGGCCGAAACUGCUCUCAGCAGUGUGAUUGCCUUCAUGCAAGUGGCUGCAACGCAUUUACUGGUCAAUGUGAAUGUCUCCCCGGUUAUGUUGGUCCUCAGUGCAAAGAAAUGUGCAAGGUUGGAUACUUCGGUCAUAAUUGCAGUUACUCUUGUAACUGCAAUAAACAUACCACUGCUGGUUGCAAUCCUAUCACCGGUGAAUGUACUUGUAUUUCAGGAUGGCAAGGUUCGAGGUGUGAAUCUCAAUGCUCGCCAAAUACUUGGGGCCAAAACUGCCAACGAGAAUGUCGGUGUAUGAAUAAUAAUACAUGUCAUCAUUUAACUGGCAAAUGUAUGUGUGCCAGAGGAUGGACAGGAGUCGACUGCUCCCAGAAGUGUCCACCGGGUACUUUCGGAUUGGGAUGUGAAGAACAAUGUCCUUAUUGUAUGUACGGAGAUGGAACCUGUAACCACAUUACUGGUCAAUGCAACUGCUUACCUGGAUACAUUGGGAGUCGAUGUGAGAAAAGAUGUCCUAAAGGUCGUUGGGGAGUCGAGUGCAAAGAGAGGUGUGUAUGUGAACAUGGAGCGGCAUGCAAUCAAACCGAUGGUCAUUGCUUGUGUUUACCUGGGUGGACAGGAGAUGAUUGUUCUAUUCCUUGUAUGAAUGGAACAUACGGAUUUUACUGUCAACACACUUGUAAUUGCCACAAUGGCGCAUCCUGCCAACCCAACAAUGGCCUUUGUCGAUGUCAACCAGGAUGGAUGGGAUCAAGAUGUGCAGAUGCAUGCCCAGAAGGCUUUUACGGCGAUCAUUGUAUGCAAGUUUGUGAUUGCUCUCAUGGUAUGGUUUGUGAUCCCAAAGUUGGAUGUAUUGAUCAAGAUAUCAAUGCAGCAGAGCUGAGCACGGAUUUAUCGACAUUUAAUCCGUGGUUUAUUACUGGAGUGAGCAUCGUUGUUUUCCUUGUUAUUUUAAUAAUAAUUUGCAUCGCUACACAUUACAAAAAGAAAAUGGAGCAACUGAGCACUGAUUUAUCAUCUGUAUACCAAGGGGAACGCAGAGAUGCUUUAGAUGUUCAGCAUUUCAACAAUCCAAUUUACUCCAGCGUGCCCUGGAUGAAUGAUUCACCCGAAAACAAUGUAUCUCAGGUGAACAAUGAAAUUUCGAAUCACAUCGAAUAUGACAAAUCUAAUUUGAAAGAUGUCAUUCCGGUGUCAAAAGAAGCUGACAUGGAUUGCGUGAGCGAAAUAGGAACUAGCUGUGCAUCUGGAUACAGUAGUCUAAACUCAGCGCAAGACUUUUGCUACAACAGCAAUAUAUAUAAUGAAGGAGGAAGCAAAGCAAUGUGCCUGGUAAAACCGAAUAUUUGUAUUGAAGAAGAAAAUGACAUAAAACCAACGCUCUAAGAGUUGAUCUGUCAAAUCUUUUCAAUGCUGAAAAUGAAAUAAAGCAAGGAUUAAAAAAGAAUUGGAUAAAGCAAAAGAAAUAAA